AUGUACAGAGUAGCAAAGGCAUCAGAAUAUCUUGUGAUCACUGGGAUUGGAAUCAAAGACAUAAAGCUUGCAAAAAAAGCAUGGGUUUUCCCGGGCCAGUCAUGCACCGUCUUCGAGCUCUCUCCAGUGAACUAUACUUUUGAGGUUCAAGCCAUGAGUUCGGAGAAGCUCCCUUUUAUUCUCCCUGCUGUCUUCACCAUUGGUCCCAGAGUCGACGACACAGACAGCCUUCUCAAAUACGCCAGACUUCUCUCUUCCCACGACAAGCUCUCUAACCACGUCAACGAGCUAGUCCAGGGUAUCAUCGAGGGAGAGACACGUGUCCUUGCGGCAUCCAUGACCAUGGAGGAUGUUUUCAGAGGCACCAAAUCCUUUAAACAGGAAGUGUUUGAUAAGGUUCAGCUGGAGCUUAACCAGUUCGGGCUUUUCAUCUACAACGCCAACGUGAAGCAAUUGGUGGACGUGCCUGGCCAUGAGUACUUCUCUUAUUUGGGUCAGAAGAUUCAGAUGGAGGCUGCCAACCAAGCCAAGGUUGACGUGGCAGAGGCAAAGAUGAAGGGAGAGGUUGGAGCCAAGAUGAGAGAGGGGGAGACGCAGCAGAACGCUGCGAGGAUCAAUGCUGAGACAAAGAUAGUAUCGACCCAGAGGAAUGGAGAGGGUGUGAAGGAGGAGAUAAAGGUGAAGACGGAGGUGAAGGUGUUUGAAAAUGAGAGAGAGGCGGAGGUGGCACAGGCUAAUUCUGACCUUGCGCAGAAAAAAGCUAUGUGGGAAAAGACGGCGCAGGUAGCGAAAGUGGAGGCCACAAAAGCAGUGGCAAUGAGGGAAGCUGAGUUGCAGAGAGAGGUAGAGAGGAUGAACGCUCUCACAAGGACAGAAAAGCUUAAAGCCGAGUUCCUCAGCAAAGCAAAUGUUGAGUACGAAACCAAGGUACAAGAGGCAAACUGGGAGUUGUACAGGCAACAAAAAGUGGCAGAAGCAACAUUGUUUGAGAAGGAGAAAGAGGCACAGGCAGAGAAAGCAAUGGCAGAGGCAAAAUAUUUCAGAGAACAAAAAGCAGCAGAGGCUGAGCUAUUUGCAAAGAAAAAGGAGGCAGAGGGACUUAUGUUAAUGGGGCAAGCCCAAGGGGCAUACUUAAGCACACUUCUUGGUGCAUUGGGAGGCAACUACACUAAUCUAAGGGACUACUUGAUGAUAAAUAGUGGCAUGUUUCAAGAUAUUGCAAGGACUAAUGCAGAAGCAAUUCGAGGACUUCACCCAAAGAUUAGUAUUUGGAAUAAUGGUGGAGAAGGAAGUGAUAGUGGUGUUGGAAUGAAGGAUGUAGCUGGUGUGUACAAAAUGCUGCCACCUUUGCUUAAUACAGUGCAUGAGCAAACGGGUAUGCUGCCACCCCCUUGGAUGGGAACCCUCUCAUCAGACUAAACUUCUUAAACCUUCCUCUUUUUGCUUUGAUAUAAUAGUAUGUC